CUUAACACCUCAGCUCAUGGCCAUGCCAGAUCCUUAACCCCCUGAGAGGGACCAGGGAUCGAACCUGGAACCUCAUAGAUAAUAGUCAGGUUCUUAGCUGCUGAUCUACAGCGAGAACCCAUCCACUUUGUUUUUCUUUAAUGACCCUCUUAUACUGCACCACCAUCCCAAGAAAAUAUUGUAUAAUCUUUAGUAUAUUCCAUCCCAGCAGUGUUAUGCCCCUAACGUUGGCAUUAGUGAUUGAAGUGUUGAUGCAACCUGCCAGUUUCCUGGCGGCCUGACGGUUGCUGAGUGUUUUCUCAUUAGGCUUAUGGCUUGAAGGAGACCUAGAAGUUUGCUUCCUAUAAUUGUACUGAAACCUGUUAAGGGAGUGGUUAGCUUGGGUUUAAUUGGGUGUAGAUGUCUUGUAUUUGAGCUGGGUUGGAGCCAACCGUGUGUGUGGGGGGGUGUGCAGAUUUGGUUCAGUCCACCAAUUUCCCUUUUCAUGGGAAGCAGGAGUUUCAGACGGGGCGGAUUGAUGUGUGUAGCUGAUCUAAUAUGCACACCUAAAUCUAUGUAUGGUAUGAGGGAGCGCAGUUGAUUAGUCUGAGAAAAGAAGGGCGAGGCAGAGAGGCCUGGGAGCAUCAUUUUACUGUCAGGUGUCUCGAAUGGCUAUUCUGUGGAAGUCUUAGGCACUCUGGGAGGUACCGCCUCAAUGGGGGUCACUCCUAGUACCCAGGCAGAGCGAGGGCGGAGAAGUGGGAGAAAGGGCGCGGCAUCACCUGACCCAGCUGCUGGAUGCUGGGCACCCGGCUUUGGGGUGGGGGCCUGGGGAGAGGGGGGCCGCUCUAACAAAGAGGAGCCGUGCUGGGGCCGGGGCCGCGGGUAGCUGGCCUAUCCCGGGCGGCUGACCUCCCAGUGGGCCUCCCCAGUUGGCUGCUUGGUGAGUCGCUCUGCUGGCUCCCUGGCUCGCUAUUGGCUGUGCGGACUGAAGGGGGCUCCUGGAGGGCCGGGAUGGAGUUGAGGGGGCGGGGCUGGCUUCCGGCGGCGAAGGGGAGCGAGCGGCCGCCGGCUGGGGGAGGGGGGUGUCGGCGCACCGCGGAGUGCAGCGCUCAGAGAGCCUGGCACCCGGAGCAGCCGCCUCCCCCUCCCCCUGCCUAGACCGCUAGAAACCCCUUCUCCUCCAUCCUCUUGGGGCUGGGGCGAGGAGGGCUGAGCUGCCCCAGGAGGGCGGGGCGGAGCCCAGAGCCCCACCGAGCGCUGCAGAGCGAUCCUCACCUCCCUUCCAGGGCUCAAGGUGUGUGUGCUUUUUCUGACCAACCCCGACUUCAGCGGACUUAACCUUGUGAGAAAAGGGGAAAUGGAAUGAGAAUGUGAGUGACUGCCUCAUGUUGUGUUGAUGCCAGUCUGCCAUGCUAGCCUGUCUACCAGGGCCAGGUGACCUGUCCUUUCAGCUUCUUUCUCACACGCAGAUGAACACUGGACUUCAGAAAUGGGACACUACACAGAAAAUGAGAACUGCUCACUAUCCUACCCCAGCCGAAUUGGACGCGUAUGCUAAGAAGGUCGCAAACAACCCACUGACUAUAAAAAUCUUCCCCAACAGUGUGAAGGUUCCCCAGCGGAAACACGUUCGUCGUACUGUGAACGGCCUCGACACAUCAGCCCAGCGCUACAGCCCCUACCCGACUCAGGCUGCCGCCAAGGCAGGCCUGCUUGCCAUUGUCAAAGUGCCAGCCAAAAGCAUACUCAAGGACUUUGACGGCACCCGAGCCCGGUUGCUCCCUGAGGCCAUCAUGAACCCCCCAGUGGCACCCUAUGCUACUGUGGCACCCAGCACUUUAGCCCACCCCCAGGCCCAGGCUCUGGCCCGCCAGCAGGCCCUGCAGCAUGCACAGACCCUGGCCCAUGCCCCUCCCCAGACGCUGCAGCACCCUCAGGGUAUCCCGCCACCCCAGGCGCUGUCCCACCCUCAGAGCCUCCAGCAGCCUCAGGGCCUGGGCCAUCCUCAGCCCAUGGCCCAAACCCAGGGCUUGGUCCACCCUCAGGCCCUGUCUCACCAGGGUCUCCAGCACCCCCCCAAUCCCUUGCUGCAUGGAGGCCGGAAGAUGCCAGACUCAGAUGCCCCCCCGAAUGUGACCGUGUCUACCUCAACUAUCCCCCUUUCAAUGGCGGCCACCCUGCAGCACAGCCAGCCCCCGGACCUGAGCAGCAUCGUGCACCAGAUCAACCAGUUUUGCCAGACGAGGGCAGGCAUCAGCACUACCUCAGUGUGUGAGGGCCAGAUCGCCAACCCCAGCCCCAUUAGUCGCAGUCUGCUCAUCAAUGCAAGCACUCGGGUGUCGACCCACAGCGUCCCCACACCAAUGCCUUCGUGUGUGGUCAAUCCCAUGGAGCACACCCACGCGGCCACAGCCGCGUUGCCCGCUGCAGGCCCUGUCAACCUGCCCACGGGCAUCUCUCGAGCCCCUACUGGCUACCCUAGCGACCUCAAGCCAGUCGCCUGGAACCAGCACCAGCUGGCCCACCUACAACAGAUGUGCAGUGAGGCCGGUGGGACGCCGGCCCCUGGCCUGACAGGCAAGCAUGCGGCAGGACGCGAGUUGGCAGGGCCUGGCUUUGUGGGCAAGGCCCCUGCCUACCCGCAGGAACUCUGCCUGGCACAGUCCUUCCAUCUGAAGCCACCCCUGGAGAAGCCAACCCCAUCCCCACCAGUCAACGGCCUGGCAGCCCCACUGGCAUACCCCAAUGGCCACUACUUCCAGCCCCUGUGGAACAACAUUCUGCCCACUCCCAAUAGCGACAGCUCGGGGUCUCAGGACCUCGCCGUGCCGUUCCACGGUGGGCAGCCUGCGGGCGCACCCCUCGACUGUGCGGCGGCGGCGGCCGCUGGGGCCCACUACCGGGCAGGGACCGGGGGCGGUCCAGUGGCGAGCCACAACAGCUUGGUGCAGACAGUGGAUUACCUAAGUGGGGAUUUCCAGCAGGCCUGCUUCCGAGAACAGAGCCUGGCCCUGCUGAGCAAGGCCCACCGAGCCCCGGGCAGCCGAGCCCCCGAUCCCACAGAUAGUCGAAGUCUUCAUAUUCAGCACCCCGGGUAUAGAUAGGUGGCCCUGGCGUCCUCCACAAGCUACACAUCAUACGUCACCCUCCUAGGUUUAGUCUUACUUUUGAGUCAUUGGAUAGUUUCAAAGUAUCACUGCUCCAAUGUGAUCAUUCUUGGAUGGCUAAGGACGGGGAUUUGGUGGCUCUAAGGACAGAGGUGGAUGCCCUCUGCCCUCCUCUUCCCCUCCACCAGCCCCAGGAACUUCUGGGUUUUUGUUGGGACCUAAUCCCAACGCCAGACUUUUCUCUCCAAUGCCUGCCUGUCAGUGAAGUCCCACCCCCGCCCCCCCGCCCCCCCACCCCUGGCCGUCUCCCACCGGCCUCCUUUUGUCUUUUCCUGCACCUCUGACUGUUUCCCUUAGGACUGAGGUGUGGGCUAAGGGACGGGCCCUCAGUGAGGUAGCUGUAGGUGUCUAGCCGCCUAAGCUUGGCCUCUCCCUAUCUGUCUCUUUUUGGGACUAAGAAGCCAGACUUCCCAAGUGCUCUGGAAGCCAAUUCCUUAUUUACCCAAAGACCUCAAAUCUAAACUGCCCCAGUCUGCAUCUCCUCCUAGCCCUUCUCCAUUCCUCAAGGCUGUGUUUUCCAUCUGCACUGAUCCAGAGCCGCUGGACAUGUCCUUGCCACACUCCUCAAGGGCAUCCUGCAGGCACUUGGCCAUAGCCUUGAGACAUGGGGGGGAACCUGUCUUUGUAUUGGUAUCUUGAUUCCUGACUCCUUUUAAUCCCUAGAAAAACGCUGAGACUGUCCAGCACAGCCAAGAUCUUUCUCACUGUUGUUUCUACGUCACCUGCUGCCCUUAUCCCCCACCCCCACCUUGACAACAGCAAGCAAAGCAAACAACAAAAAAGCAGUCUUACUUGAGGAAUUAGGUAGUAGGUAAGGGAUGAUCACAUUGGAGUUCGGAGUUAAAAACACUGAAAAGAUAAAAGUUAAAAUGCAUUUGGUUCUCUCUACACUGGCUAAGAAUAUUGCUCUACACUGUAAGUUUUAAACGUCCUGUUUCUGUAUGAAUGUAGUGUGGGUUUGAGUAGCAUUGUGUGUGAGCAGCCCCACAGGUGCAUUCACCCUCUAGUCACCUUUCGCUGCCCCUCAGUUUAAUGAAGAAAAAACAAAAAACACAAAGCCUUAAGCUCUUUGAAUUCUUCCUUUACCAAAUGAGCAUGGUUCUAACAGCCGGAGAUGGGCCUCUAUUGGAAACAGCCCCUCCAGCCUUUGCCUGUUCUUCACCUGCUCCAUGCUCAGCGUGUCUCGUUCCCAGGUGACAAUUAGUUGGCUAGAAAUUUAAAACUUUUCUGUAACUUUAGAUUAUGUUUUGUGGUAAUGUUUUGCACCCUUCUGUUAAAGAUGCAUAGUUGGGCUUUUUUUUUUUUUUUUUUUUAAUAUAAACCAAAUAAGCCCUACCCUUUCCUCUUGUCUCUGAGGAAUGUGAGCUCAUGUACUUAUUUAAGGUUUUGGGUUCUGUUUACUAUCCGCUGUUCUUUAGCCAGAAAUUCUCUAGUGAUCUGAAGCAAUGUCACUGAAGACCAGUUUUUAAAUUAUGUGUUGGCAAGUUGCCUUAUAUUUAAAGAAAAAAAAGGAAAAAAAACACCUGAUUGUGUUAUGCCAAAUGAUAGCAACGUGAAGUCCUAAUUUAUUGUUCCUAGUUAUUUUCCUGCCGUCUGUGGACACUGGUACCUCCCUGACCCCAAGCCCCCAGAAGCACCUGUGGCAUCUGGUGCAACGCCUUCUCCCAGUGUGUUGGCCGUCAUCUCACCCAGGGCCCCCUUCCAGUUCUUGCUUCUGAGUUAAAUUGAAAGAACACCGUUGUCUCCCCUCAUCAUCCCUUUGCUUGAUCUCCAAGCCAGAUAUUUUUGCUGUAAUUUUUUCAAUGCCUCUCCCCAAAAGGUGAGCUGCCAUUUUAGGAAAAUGGGCCAGACACCAACUUGGGGGCUUCAAAUCAAACCUCAAACCUUUCUCUUCCUGUGUAGGGGUGCAGGCCUCUGAAGCUCUCACUCCCACCCCUAGUCUGCAUGGAAAAUGUACUGUGACCUCCACCCCUUACCCCCUAACUACCCUUGCCUUUGGUGUGAGAUGUUUCCUAUAGUUUACCCCGAGCUCCUCUUCCCCUCUGCCAGCCAACCCCCAACCAGCAAUAAGGGUCCAAGCCGGGGCCUCCUAUCCACACCCCUGCCUCCAUCCCACACUGCCCCUAGAAAAUACCUGGAUCCCCCGCCGUCCACACACUGUAGCAUUCAUUCUCCAUCUCCCUCAUCUUCUCACCUGUGGUGGUUUAUGGGUGUGAUGGGGUUUUUAAGAUUAUUAUAAACCAGUAAAAAGAAAAAACUCACCUUUUGAUCUCGUCCUAUUCGUUUAAUGCUGUCAAUGUUUGAGGCAAUUUUUCUUAACGGUUUCUAACAUGUCUUAUUUACUAGAA